AUGACGGGGAUAGCUCCUGGUGCCACGAUUGCCAACCGGACUGGUGUGGCCAGACAGGCUGGUGUUCAAGCAUCAACUGGCCUCGAAGACCAUAUACGUGAUGUGAAACGCAACCAAAUUCUUCCUAACGGACCAAGUGUACAGCAGCUUAAGCUAGAUACUAAUCCAAAUAUCCGCCACACGACAAGCCGACAUCCCUCGUUUCAUGGUGCUUUUGGGGUUCUGGGUAUUCCGAUGAUGGCCAUUCUUAUUGUGUGUCUCGCAUGGACUACGUGGCUCAUUAUCCUAGCAUUGGCUCCGAACGAGACAGCAAAUGCUCUGAUGAACACUGGUGAAUACGACAACGGGAGAUUCUGGUAUAUCACUGAUGCAAAUCCAAGUAUGAUACAAGCAGGAGCUAUGGGUUUGAUGGUCGUGGAUAUUUGCUAUCUUUCGGUGAUAUCAAGAGCGUUGUUGUGGCGAAAUGUGCUUGUUUCUUCGAGUUCUCGCAGUAAAUCAAAUCAUUGGGCCUCGUCAAGGAUUUUAAGAGUCAUUGGCCCAAGUUACAAACGUGGUCGUCAAAUGUGGAAAGAUCUCACAUCAUACGAGGGUAAAAAUCGCAAGCGUUGGAAUGCUUUUCUCAAGUUGAUUGAUUUAGCUAUGGAGACAGCCAUGCUACGUCAGUUGUUACAAAAUGGGAGCCCCGCCAGUCUUACGUACGGUUUUGCAGGAUUUCUAGCAGUAAAUGCGCUAUCGUCCGUUGUAAAUGUGCUCACUGACCGGUUUUCUGCUUUGACGGAGAUAUUUAUCGACUCCAUUUUUGACUUGGCUGCAGCAGUUUUGUUUCCGAUUUUGACGCUAGUCUAUUGCUACUACAACUUCGACUUCGAUCGUGAAGUUUAUCUUUCGUACUUGGAGAUACUGCCAGUCGGUAGCUUUGAACACAACGCUCGAUCAUUUGCCGAUCCAUCGGAAAUGGCACUUUUCCGCGUGAUUUUCGACUCUCUUCGCAUCAGCUCGCCAAUGGAUUUUGCAAUACGCAUCAGCAUGAACUUAGCCUUGUGCUACCGGUUUGAGCGUGUUCUGAAGGCUCUGAUCUGGACCAGAUACCGUGAAUACGCAUCAAGAGGAGUCAAGAAAACUGUACCAAUUACCACGGCUCCAAUCUCACAGAACGCAGUUCCAAAGGUUGUUGGGGUCGUGUAUGUGGCAGCAAUCCUAGCCAUUUUACUAUCAACUCAUAAAGCUAUUAACGAUUCGGCGUCAUUGUGCGCGUCACAUCCAGAAUGUGUCGUCUACGCGCAUCGAUGGCAAACCAGCGAUGAACAUUGUCCUUGUCUUAUCCUAAUUGAUGUCGACCUAGCGCCAAAGACGUACGAUCAAUGGGUGAAUGCAGUUAGCACAUAUCACAAGGUUAAAGCUCUUGCAGGAGCUGGAGCGCUCACAUCGAUUCAAGUUGUUAAUCGCCAACUGAAAGAAUGGCCAGAGGAGCUGCGCAGGUGUCAAGGACUCAAAACAAUCCAACUCAUCUACACAGAUGUUGAGAACGUUCCAGCUUGGGUGAAAGAAUUCCGUAGCCUUGAAACAAUUCACAUUGAAGGUCGAUAUGGUACUACCAACUUACUCGAUCUUCCAGAAGAUAUGUUUAGUGAUCUUCCACAACUAUCGUUGAUACAUUUGGGUAUCCAAGUCAAUCUCAAAACAAUUCCCUCUUUUACAGGAGUCCCAAACCUGCAAAGUUUCACGUUAGCGUGGACAACUCAAGUUCGUGAACUACCGAGCUUCGAGAACGUACCGAAGUUAAGUCGACUCGCCCUGGUAUUGCUUCCCAGACUCGAGCGGAUUCCUGAUUUAGCUUCGCUGGAAAAUAUCGAGGAAUUCGUGAUUUUCCGACCGAAUCAUGUCUGUUGCAACGGCUUCAUGGGCCCAUGUAACUUGAGCCACGUUAGUUGUCAAGCCAAUACGUUACUGGGUACAUCUCCAGCAACAUGUCUGAUGAACGAUCAGAACUCAAAUCUGCCGGUUACCCCCUUUCUGGGGAGUGCUGCAACUCAGAAGGUGUUCGAAGACUUUGCUCCAUGCAUUUGUCAAGAAAAUAUUUUCGACAAACUCAAACUUUUGCAGUUCCCGACGAAAGAAACAAUCGAGAUGUGCGAAGGAAAACCAUACCGACAGUGUCGAUUUCCUGGGAACAUCACGGGAAUCUGCUACAACUCCAGAUUUCAAGUUCUAGCCUGUAUGCCCGACGAGAACUACAUCGCAUUACGACGGUUUGAGAUUGCCAAGGGAAUCGGACAAGCAUGCAAUCCAGCAGUAGAGAAAUGGCUCGGUUGUACAGUAUAG